AUUGCACGGUUCACCAACAGAACCCAUAACCAGUGAAAAACAAGGAAGAAAAAAAAGAAUGUUUCUUUCAAUCCUCUUCCUUUUCUCUCUUGUCGUCUCCUCCGCUCAUGCCUCAGUGGUGGACUUCUGCGUUGCUGACUUCUCACUGCCGAAUGGCCCCGCAGGCUACUCCUGCAAGAAGCCGGGGAAGGUGACCGUAAAUGAUUUCGUCUUCUCAGGCUUGGGGAAGGCCGGAAACACCUCCAAUAUCAUCAAAGCAGCCGUUACGCCGGCCUUCGCAGAGCAGUUUCCGGGCCUGAACGGGCUCGGGAUCUCGCUGGCCCGGUUAGACCUGGCCGUUGGCGGCGUUGUGCCAAUGCACACUCACCCCGGGGCCUCAGAGGUGUUGGUUGUGUUGCAAGGCUCAAUCUGUGCUGGUUUCAUAUCCUCGGCGAAUGCUGUUUACUUCAAGACGCUUCAAAAGGGGGACUCCAUGAUUUUCCCCCAGGGUUUGCUGCAUUUUCAAGUGAAUUUUGGGGGGAUUCCAUCUAUUGCUAUUGUGAGCUUCAGUAGUCCCAGCCCAGGCCUCCAAAUCCUCGACUUCGCGUUGUUUGCCAACGACUUGCCCUCUGAAUUGGUGGAGAAGACCACUUUCCUUGACGACGCGCAGGUGAAGAAGCUCAAGGCCGUGCUUGGCGGCUCUGGUUAACUGAUCCGGGCUGGCUGCUGGGUUCUUAAGAGAUAAUAUUGUUCUUGUUUGUUAAUGCGAGUCGUUAAGGUCCCCAAUGCAUGCACGGGAUUUGCUCACUUUCUUUUUGUACUAUGUUCCAGAUUCUCCAGUUAAGUGUCGUUAAUUUGUAUGGUCUUGAAUUUGAUGUUCUUUCGUUUGAUGUCAGCUUGGAAUCCAGGUUAAUUAAUCAGUCAGUACAACCGAA